AUCAAAUCCGUAAAACGACAACCUUGUUACAAACACUUCAAGCAUCUGGUGCAAUGAUUGAAAGUCUCGUUCAUGGACAUUUUCGUGAAAUGAAAAGAGAGGUUAUUAAGGAUAUGACUGCCUUAGAAAAAAGACUUUCAAAAAUUGAAGAGCGUGUGCAUAAUAAUGCUGCUAAUACGGGAAUGAGCCUUAGUCCACCUCAUGAUACAGAUAGAAGACUUAGUGAUAUUAGUACCGUUAGUGAUGAUAUGGGUUAUAAAAAUAAUGGGAAUACAUCAAAGCUUGCUCAAACUGAUGGCAAAGAUGGCUCAUCGCAAUUUUUGUCAGCGGGGCAUCAACAUUAUAGCCCACCUUUGUCUUCCUCUUCCUCUUCAUCACGUAAUGAAGAGACCCAGCCUCAAGAUUACCAAGAUGCAUUGCUUUCUUUGAAAGCUAG